ACUCAGCGUACGAGAGCUGUGUGAUGUUCAGUAUAAAUUAUUUUAUAAGUUGAAUAAUUUUGGUGUUUGUACAAAAUUAUUAGGAGCUGCAUUAGAAAUUCCCGAGAGAUCGAUCACCAUCGAUCCAUCAAUCAUCAUUCUUAUUGAUAUCCAAAAUGGCAGUUUCCUGAGUGGUUAAUGGUGAUAACACUCAAGUUUUCAUCAAAGCUAGUAAUGAAACAAGUGAGGUAAAGAGUGCUUGUUAUCAAAAAUUUAAAGUAGAACUCAGAUCAGCACAAAAAAUUAUUGAACUGCUACAAGAAGAGAUAAACGCGCCCAAUCGUACCCGCCAGAGGAGACACUGUCCAACAUCAAGAUUGAGCCCAAUGACAGCGAACUGGAGCUGCAGGUAGCCCUCAAGAAAGCACAGAGACUGAAACUGCAGGAGGCUGUUACAGAAUCAAAGAACAGUGUAGAAAAGGUGGCAGAGUCAGUACUGGAGAGAAGCUCAGGAGGAAACACGGAAGGUGGUUCCAUUGUGCUGAAUGCUACAGCAGAAUUCUGCCGUAGGUUGGGUGACAUCCCUGCUUAUGGUCUGGCUGGCAACAGAGAUGAGGACGUUUAGGAACUACUUGCAAGUGCAAUAUAACCCUCUGCAGAUACAUGUACACUUGGACUUUGAGAGGGAAAUGAUUGAAGAGAAGAAACCUCAGGAAGAAGAAGGCAAACGUGGAGCUUGGAAUAAGGUUGAGACUGAGAUGAAAUGUUUGGGCGUUGCGAGUGCUACAUUGGUCCGACCUCAGACUUCUAAGAAAAGGAGGGCUACAAACCGAAUGUUAGACUCAACUACACAGAUGAUGAUGGACACGUACUUAAUGCAAAGGAAGCUUUCAGCUACCUGUCUCAUGAAUUUCAUGGAAAGGGACCUGACAAAAAAAAGUGGAGAAACGAAUGAAGAAAACUGAACAGGAGGGAUUGAUGAAACGGAUGAGCUCAACAGACAUCCACUCGGAACACUUAGCCUCUUGCGGCAGAAGCAGAAAGAAAUGCAGUCUCCAUUCGUGGUCCUUUAUGACGGUAAACAAA